UCUGCCUCUACUGAGAAGAGAGGUUGAAGACUACAGAGCUUCUCUUUUCCAUAAUUAUUACUCACUCUCUUGCAAACUUUUCUCUCUCUCACUUUAUUGCUUUUGUUUUGCCUUCUCUCUUUCUUGACCAUUCUCUGCUACAAAACACAGACUUCACACAUAUUCUAUAUCAUUUAAAACAAUAUUAAGAAAUUUUAGAGAUGGAGUUUGAUCUUGAGAACCCAUUCACAAGCUUGGAAGAACAACAAUCUGAUAAAAUUCCCCAUCUCUUUGCCUCUGAGUCUGAUCACAUGCCCUCACAAAAGUUCAUACAAUGCUUGAAAUUUACUGAUUUUUAUCCCUCCUUUCGUCACGAAGCUGUGUCUCUCAUUUUGCUGGCACAAUUUUCCGGCAACUUUGAGCCAUCCAUUCCCUACCUUGCCGUCACUUAUUUGGACCGGUUCAUCUCCCGGCAAGAAAUUCCGCAAGGACAGCCGUGGGUUUUAAGGAUUCUUGUAACCUCUUGCAUUUCUCUAGCAGCAAAGAUGAAAAAUACCCACUUCUCACCCUCUAAAAUCCAGAGAGAAGAAGGAUUCAUAUUUGAUGCACAAACGAUUCAGAGGAUGGAGCUUCUUAUUCUUGAUGCUUUAAAUUGGAGAAUGAGAUCAAUAACACCUUUCUCAUUUCUGUGCUACUUCAUUUCUUUAUUCAAACUCAAAGAUCCUCCUUUGACACAAGCUCUAAGAGAUCGAGCCACAGAUAUCAUCUUUGAUGCUCAUAAUGAAAUCAAGUUGCUAGAGUUCAAGCCAUCUGUAAUUGCAGCAUCAGCACUUCUUGUGUCUUCUCAUGAGCUAUUCCCUUUGCAGUUCCCUUCUUUCAAGACUUCAAUUUCAUCUUGUGAAUAUAUAAAUAAAGAGAACCUGUUACAAUGUUUUGAUACAAUGCAAGAGAUGGUGGCGAUGGAGGCGCACGAGUCAGUGAUGGAUACAAUGUCGAGCACAGGAACUCCAAUAAGUGUUCUGGAUUGCAAAUGCACCAAAUCGGCAAGUGAGAAAAUGGACAGUAGUAGCAGCACCACUGCAACUUUCAGGCCGGAAAAGAGAGAAAUCAAGAGGCGUAAAAUAAGUGGUUUUUGUAGUGAAAGCAGGUUCCAGCUUUCUCGUAUCCAACAGUGUUAGGUUAUAAUGAGAAAAAGAAAUUGGUCUACAUUUCAGCAUAUUUUUACCACCGAAAGAGAAAAGCAAUUGAUGAGCAUGAUUUGAAGCAGCAGAUAUUGAAGGCUCACCAAGAGAACAGUAAAAAAUUGAAAAAAAGAGAAAUAAAUUGGUUCCAUGAGGGACAAAAAGCGGCUUCAGUGUUGAGUCUCCCAUCAUUGUUUUGUGCUUUUGUUUUGGUUCAAGUUAAUUUGGUUAUGUCUCAGUGUCCCUUGCUUGGUAACAGCGAGGGUACAACAAAUGCUUCAAUAAGAUAAUAAUUUUCUUGA